CCGGUGGGGGGCGGCCUUGGCCAGGGAGAGUGCGGAAGGGGCGCCCUCCCCGGAAGCUGGCGUCGCGGUUGCCGCGGUAACCAGAAGCCAACGACGGGGCCCGGCGCUCUCCGGCGAGGGCGAUCAUGUCGGCGCCCGGCUGCUGCCCGGUCCAGGCUCCGCCGCCGCCCCCUUCCUCCUCCUCGGGGCUGGGCGAGCCCCCUGGCCGGCAGCAGGACCCCUGGGACCCCCGGGGGAAGGCCGCGCAGAGGCCCGCCCUGGCGGUGCUUCCCUUCCCCAGCGGGGCGACCACCACAGCAGCUGCAGCCCCGCCUCCGCCUUGGGGGCCCGAGCAGGGGCGGGCGCUGGGCCCAGCUGCUCCCGUGGGGCAGGCCCUCCUCCUCCCUCCGCCAGCCCCGAGGAGGAGGAAGGGGGCGGCGGCGGAGCCUGGACCGGCGGCGGAGCCUGGACCGGGCUCCCUCCGCCAGCCUCCAGAGAGGUUGGGCCAGGGCUGGGCCCGGGACGGGAGCCUCCCCCGCAGAGAACUGCCGCCGCUGCCCCAGCCAGAGCGGGAGGGCAGCCCCCCCAGGAAGACCCCGCGGGGGUCCUUGGGGGGCACCUGCGGCCUGCCUGUCGGGGGGGCGGAGGAGGGCGAGAAGCACAGGAAGUGGUUGGACAUCCCCCCGUGGGUGAUGCCGGGGCACCCCGGGGACCAGAGCCAGCCCCAGGGAGCCCCCUUGGGGAGGGCAGGGAUGAAAAGGGAGUGGGGCAACCCCCCCAGGCUCUCCGGGCAGCCCAGUCCAAGUGGGGAGAGACGGGGCAGCCCCAGAAGGCUUGGGAGAGCAGAGGAGGGUCCCUGGGAAGGCAGAAGAGAGCCAGCCACCCACAGACAAGGACAAGAGGAGGAGAAAAGCAGCCAUGCUGCGGCGGGGGACGGCCGCUCCCCUCUGGAUGGGACACCCAGCUGCUCUGUGGCUUCUCCCUCUGUCUGCCUGGAGCCAUGGAGCCCGUGUGAAGCGGUGGUGCGGUGGUGGCUGAUGUGCCACAAGGUUGUGGCUUCCAGGGAUGUGGAAUACUUGACGGAAGAUUAUUUCAGGAAUAUGGUCUCCCCUUGCCCGCGUCCCCUUCUGCCCAACAGAGCAUCCGAGCUUCCUGUCCUGAACGAGGACGUCCAGCGCUUGUUCAAGCAGAAGAAAUCAAGGCCGAGUUCUGUUGCCGAUUCUUCUUUCUGCGCCAUCCAUCACGACCUGCUUUCCAUGCUGGGGCCGGCCAUGCUGAUCCAGGAGAAGGCUGAGGAGGCGGCGGCGAGGGCUGAGCGGCUGGACCCCAAGGAGCUGUGGGAUUGGGCCCGCCUGCUCCUCUACCACAUCAGCAGCAUCAACCAGGCCGUCAACCGCAUGCGCCGCUGGCAUGUCCUCUGGCUCAUCGACCGCUGGCUCACCACCUUCUCGUACUUGGGCCUGGAGUCUGAAAGCACCGAGGGGAAGCUCUUUGCAGAAGACAAAGCCAAACAGCUGGUAGCUAUGGUGGCCUCACAGGUCUCCUUCAACCGCAGACUGCCGGCAGCAGCUGCAGCAACCUCCAGGCCAGGAGAUCAGGCCAUUGUUGCCACCUGUCACCCCACGGAUAGUUACUCUGCGUCCCAUGGGCCAAGCACAGGGAGCCCGCCAGCCGAGCAGACCCUUCCCGACCGUGCUGCCUGUCCACAGAGGGUCCGCGCUUCAGGGAGCCAGGCUGGGAGCACCAGGAGCAGCCCUGAGAGCAGAGGAAGGGAGAGUCCUGGACCCCGCGGAGCCGGGAGGCGGGAGAACCCGGCUGGGAAUGAAGGAGCCUGGGGGGAUCCCGCGGGGGACCCAUCCAGGGGCAUCGGUGGCCAGAACCCGCUGCCCCUGCAGUGCCGCCGCCUUGAGGGAGCCGGCCGAGAGCCGAGCUGGGCAGGAGAGCGGCUGGUCUGGGGGGGCAGCCCCACGGGACUGGGGCGAGGCGAGAGGCCAGAGGAGGGCAGAGCACCGCUGGGGAGCUGUGAGGAGGUGGCAGGGGGCCGGGGGGCCGGGCAGUUCCCUGAGUGGAGCAGCGGCCCUCCCAAGGGGGCCUCCCGCUCCCCGGCGGCUCCGUCCAGCAGCCAGCAGGAGUGGGGCCCCUCUGAGCCGGCCCUGCCGGGGCAGCCGCAGUGCCAGCCGGCCCCGGCUCACCCAGCACUGCAGCCGCUGCCCUCUUUCGGCCCACACCCCCUCCAGCCUCCCCCGAGCACUGAGCCCACCCCCUUUGUGCUGCUGCAGAGCCCCCCCGCUCCUGGGUGGAGGCUCCCGACCCCCUGGGGUGGCCCCCUCUGGGAACCAGGAAGGGAGCACCCCACAAGCUGGGGCCAGACUGGGGAGGAGCUCCAGGCUUUGCCCCAAGGGAGGGGGCAGGGGCCCCUUCCUGGAAAUCCAGGGGGCAGCAGAAGCCCUAUGUGGGGACCGUCCUGGGCCACCAGCAGCCCGACACGACCACUCGGGGAACAAGGCCAAGCCGAUCCGGGAAGCUCCGAGGGGGGGAGCGGAGAGCCGGCUUGGCAAGGUCCGGGGGGCACCCCCCUGAGGCUUGGGGGAGUGGGGAGGCCCGAGGGAGGCCCAGCCGGGCCAGGGAGCCAUGGGCAGGGAGAAGAGGAGGAAGAGGGAGCGAGGAAGAAGAGGAGGAAGAGAAGUGGGGCUGGGGGCCAACCCGAGUUCAGCAGCUGCCCCCCCCAGGAGGCCAGUGACCAGCAGGAGUGGUUGCCUUGUGCGCCGGUCGUGCAGUGGUGGCUCCAGUGCCAGGAGAUCCUGGAUGCCCCGACGCAGCACCGGCUGCUCGACCUCCUGCCCCACCUCCUGCCCGACGAGGUGGCUGAGCCGGCUGUGCUCAACGGGGAGGUCUGGGCCCUCCUGAGCCAGGAGGGGAAGAGGCAAUACCGGAGCGCCGUGGCGCCCUUCUGCGAGAUCCAGUGGGACGCGCUGCGCCUCGCCGGGCCCGCCCUGUUCCUCCACGACACGGUGCAGCAGGCCGCCAAGAGGCAAGAGAGGGUGCACCCCGCGGCCCUCCGAGAGGGGGCCCGGCUCCUCCUCCGCCUCGUGGGCAGCCUCAACCAGAAAGCCAUCGCCCUGCGCCAGGCCUGUGACCUGGGGCGGCUCCGGCAGGGGCCCCCCCGGGGGGGCGGAGAGGAAGCCGCCCCUGGUGGGCAGCCGGGCAGCUCUGACCAGCUCUGGCGGGCCGUCAGCAGAAAGGCCUCUGGCAAGCUGGCCACUUGGGUGCCCUCGAAGGCCGCCCUGCAGUGGUGGCGGAAGUGCCAGACCGCCUGGAACGUCCCGCAGAGGAAGAGCUUGCUGGCCGCCUGCCCGAGCCCUGUCCUGCCCCCGGGAGGAGCCCCCGUGCCCUACGCCUGGGUCUGCCCGCAACACGGCAGCCAGAAGAAGCAGCGCGGGUGCUGCGGGUGCUCGGCCUGGAAGUUCUGGUUCUUCAGCCAGCAGGAGCUCUUUGCCCUGCUGGGCUCGACCAUGGCCAUCUACCAGAGGGCGGUGGAAGCCUAUGAGCCCCUGGAGCCCCAGGGCCUGUGCAGGUGGGCCCAGCUCCUCCCCAACCACGUUGGCGCCAUCAGCUGCCAGGCGAACUGCAUGCGCCGCUGGCAUCUCCUGCACACCCUCCAGCCGAGCCUGGUGAAGCGGCUGCCGCAGAUGUUCCGCCCGGGCCCGGCCGGCCUGCUCUUUGCCGAAAAGGACGUCCGGCUGCUGAUGGAGGCGAUGAGCAGCCACCUGGAGGAGCUCCGAGCCCGGCCCUCGGUCUGCCUCGAGGGCCUCCUGGAGUACCAGCAGCGGAGUGGCGCCUCCCCCGCGGCCGGUGGCCCAGAGCCCACCGCAAGGCCAAGCCCAGGGGACCACCAAGUCCAGCAGAAGCACCACGGAGGACCUGGAGGGCCCUCGGGAGCCUGGGAGUGACUCAUGGGGCCCUCACACUUGGCGGCUGCCCAAGACUCUUCCCCGUGACUCCCGCAGGGCAGCAGAAGGGGAUGGCCCCGUGUGGCCGAGCAAGCCCAUCUGACUGGACUGCCUCUUCCGCCUCCGGGGCACGUGACCCACAGCUGCCCCACGUCAAGGCCCGGCGAGGGGGCUGGAGACGCCUCCCGCCAAAGAGGGGUCCCAUCCCUCCCCCAGCCCCGUGGCUCCUCCUGGGUGGGCUUCAGUGGGAGGCGUCUGCUAGGAGGCAGUUCUGGCCAAGGGGCGCUCAGCAUCCUCCAGGAGGGGAAACCACACAGAGUUGGUCCGUCCCGGCAACCCUGUCUGGAAUUGCUGCCCAGGAAUUAGUGGUGUGCACGGAACCGGCAGUAGCUGGUUCGAAGGUGGGGGGGGGAUACUCUUGCCCACCCCCACCUGCGCUGUGAUUUAAAAUGGUCCUGUGGGGCCGCAGUGCACCUCCUUGUGCCCCCCCCUGCCCCGCACAUUGGACCAGAAGUACCUGGCGCCUGCUGGAGCUACUCGUGACGUGCGGGGGGGGCAGGGAGGUGCUCUGCUGCCCCAUGGGACCAUUUUAAGCCCCAUGGGACCGUUUUAAAUCACAGCAAUCACAGUGCCGGUGGGGGACAUGUGGUGGGUGUGUGGGUGGGUAAGUGCCCCCCUGCUCCUUAAAGGUAUCCCCCCCACUUUCAGACUGGUUUGGAGGUCUGUAAAAGGGCCUCUGGACUGGUUCCUGUGCAUACCUACUGGCAAGCAAUGGGUUAAACUAGAGAGUCCAUUAAGGGAGGGUGUUGCCCGGGGUGGUGUUAGCUCUGGCCUGGUCUCCCCCCCGCCUUCCUUUGGGCAGCAGGAGCAUCCUUGCAGGCUCCCUGGUGGGAUGAGGGUCUUGACUCCUGUCCUGAAUCCCGGGGAAGGGAGAGGAAGCCAGGCCCCCCCCUCCCGGGGCUUUGCGGGGUUCCUGCGCUGGUUGCGGGGAGGGGGCUCUUGUUUCAGGGCACCGCUGGAGUCCAGUGCCUGUACUACUUGGGGCGCGCCUGGGGGGGGGGGUAUUUCCUCCCGGUGGGACCGGGCAUUUGUAAGAGGGCUGUGUGUGAUACUCCCCCCCCCAAGAAGGACUGGAGGGGGCGUAGCAGAAUCAAGGGGGAGACCCACCGACAACCCCCGCGCGUCCCGUCCCAUCCCGCGGCCUCUUGCGCGAGUUGUUGUCAGCUGCAUAAAGGUGGUUGGUUUCUUUGA